GCGGUUAGUCGGCGGCUUGGAGACCGAGAGUCGGGCGCGGUUUUUCCCGGAGACACCAAGCCCUUUCGAAGAGCCAUAGGUACCAUGCCAGAGCCGUCUGGGGAUACCCGUCCUAUCCCAAGGGGCAGCAAGGCGUGCCGCCGCCUCUUUGGCCCGGUGGACAGUGAGCAGCUACGCCGGGACUGUGAUGCCGUGAUGGCCAGCUGUGUGCAGGAGGCCCGCGAGCGCUGGAACUUCGACUUUGUCACCGAGACACCCCUAGAGGGCGACUUUGCCUGGGAGCGUGUGCGGGGCCUUGGCCUGCCCAAGUUCUACCUGGGGGGCCAGGACGACCUGGGAGGGAGCAAGCGGCCCGGCACAUCAUCCGCCCUGUUGCAGGGAACAGCUCAGGAGGAUCACGUGGACCUGUCGCUGUCUUGUACCAUCCUGCCUCACACCCCUGAGCACCCUGAAGUGUCCCCUGGUGGGUCUGGCACCUCUCAGGGCCGAAAACGGAGGCAGACCAGCAUGACAGACUUCUAUCACUCCAAACGCCGGCUGGUCUUCUCCAAGAGGAAGCCCUAACCUGCUCACCAGAGGCCUCACUCCUGGAAACAAGGGGGCUCUUCCCGCAGCCCCUUCUACAUCUUCUGUCUUAGCCCUUCAGUUUGUACGUCUUAAUUAUUUGUGCUUUAAUUUAAAUUCCUCAUGUACAUACCCUGCUUGCUACCCUGGCCCCUGCAUUAGGAUUAUUUAAAAAAGAAGUUAGACAGUAACACACUAGGCAUAUUAGGGCGCUAGGUAUUUUUAUUAUGCCAACUUAUUUAAGACUCCUUAUCCUCCACUCUCCAUUUCCUCUCUCCUAGCGGGCAAGGUGGGUUGGCAUGACCCUCACCCUGGGGGGCACUCUCAGGAAGGGUUGUGUACUUAGUCCCUGUCUCCUGGCUGAUAGGAACUGCCCCUUUCCUGCAUUCUCAGACUUGCGUUCUUUAUCAUUUGAGAAGUAAACAAAAAGCACUUUGAAGGGGGCCCCUGCAGAGGGGGAACAUCAUGUAAAGUCUGGAGGUCCUUCACCUUCCUAAGGUUGGACAAGGUGGCCUUGAAGAAGAGGGCACAGCCUGGGACAGGGUCAGACUGGCAGUGCUCUGGCCCGCAGUGUCGGGGCACCAGGAAGGCGGAGUCUUGUAGCAAACCACCCUGCCUCUCCUCACUCCCUCUGCAGCCCACAGAGGAGCCAGCCUCGUGUUGGGCCUCCACCCUGCUGGAUCCCCCCGCCCCCCUGCACUUUUCCAGGAGUCCUGAAUGCCCCUCCUUUCCAGCUGGGCCUUCAAGUCCUUUCUUCCUCUCCCCGCCCCCAGGUUCUUUCUCUGGGCCCUUGUGGGCCCUGGCCCUGGUGACAGCUAUGGGGUGCUGUCCUUCCCGACCCAGUGGACUGAAAGGAGAAGAGACAUGUUAAAAGUAGGGGGCCCCUGGUUCUACCUCAGGUAGCUCAAACUGCUAUGACUCCUCCCGCCAGCCUUAGCUCUUGGGUGCGGGGUCCUGGGUGACCAGGCAGGCCUCCUUGAGUGGAGAUCUCUUUGUUAAGGAGCAUGUGGGGAGGAGAAGAUUUUCUUAGGAGGAAGAGGAGGAGUGUGACACCAGCCCCUGGAACUCAUCCAAGCACCUUCCCCAUUUGCCCGCCCUCUCCCAAUUUCAUUGCACUUUGAAAAGCAGCUGAACAAGGAGUCAGGUGUUUUAAGAUGACGGAAGUAGAGGCUGUGGGUUGGACACAUAAAGUGGGCUCAUGUGGACCACGGAGUUGUGACUUAUCCUUCCUGGCUCUAACUGCUGAGCCCUGGAGACAUCAAAGCCGUAGGAAGGUCUGACCCCAAAUGCCUACCAGCUCCUGUAACACCCUGCCCUGGCCGGCUCUCUCCAGGCUCCGUGUCCUGGUUCCCCUGUCUUCACCUAGACUGUAAGCCUCUUAGGGCAGGACUCUGUCCUUCACAGCUCCUCCCACAGUUCUGGGUAUCCAGCAGGUGCUCAAUAAAUAUUUCUUGGUGAUUUUA